AUGACCAGGAACACAGACGACCAGGAACAGAGAAGACCAGGAACAGAGAGGACCAGGGCCAGAGAGGACCAGGAACAGAGAGGACCAGGAACAGAGAGGACCAGGGCCAGAGAGGACCAGGAACAGAGAGGACCAGGAACAGAGAGGACCAGGAACAGAGAGGACCAGAACCAGAGAGGACCAGAACCAGAGAGGACCAGGACCAGAGAGGACCAGGACCAGAGAGGACCAGGAACAGAGAAGACCAGGAACAGAGAAGACCAGGAACACAGACGACCAGGAACAGAGAAGACCAGGAACAGAGAGGACCAGGGCCAGAGAGGACCAGGAACAGAGAGGACCAGGAACAGAGAGGACCAGGAACAGAGAGGACCAGGGCCAGAGAGGACCAGGAACAGAGAGGACCAGGAACAGAGAGGACCAGGAACAGAGAGGACCAGAACCAGAGAGGACCAGAACCAGAGAGGACCAGGACCAGAGAGGACCAGGACCAGAGAGGACCAGGAACAGAGAAGACCAGGAACAGAGAAGACCAGGAACACAGACGACCAGGAACAGAGAAGACCAGGAACAGAGAGGACCAGGGCCAGAGAGGACCAGGACCAGAGAGGACCAGGGCCAGAGAGGACCAGGACCAGAGAGGACCAGGAACAGAGAGGACCAGGAACAGAGAGGACCAGGAACAGAGAGGACCAGGACCAGAGAGGACCAGGACCAGAGAAGACCAGGAACAGAGAAGACCAGGAACAGAGAGGACCAGGAACAAAGAGGACCAGGAACAGAGAGGACCAGGAACAGAGAGGACCAGGAACAGAGAAGACCAGGAACAGAGAGGACCAGGAACAAAGAGGACCAGGAACAGAGAUGACCAGGAACACAGACGACCAGGAACAGAGAGGACCAGGAACAGAGAGGACCAGGACCAGGAACAGAGAUGACCAGGAACACAGACGACCAGGAACAGAGAGGACCAGGAACAGAGAGGACCAGGAACACAGACGACCAGGAACAGAGAGGACCAGGACCAGAGAGGACCAGGACCAGAGAGGACCAGGAACAGAGAGGACCAGGAACAGAGAGGACCAGGAACAGAGAGGACCAGGAACAGAGAGGACCAGGACCAGAGAGGACCAGGACCAGAGAAGACCAGGAACAGAGAAGACCAGGAACAGAGAAGACCAGGAACAGAGAGGACCAGGAACAGAGAGGACCAGGACCAGAGAGGACCAGGAACAGAGAGGACCAGGAACAGAGAAGACCAGGAACAGAGAGGACCAGGAACAAAGAGGACCAGGAACAGAGAUGACCAGGAACAGAGAGGACCAGGAACAGAGAGGACCAGGAACAGAGAGGACCAGGAACAGAGAGGACCAGGAACAGAGAGGACCAGGACCAGAGAGGACCAGGAACAGAGAAGACCAGGAACAGAGAAGACCAGGAACAGAGAGGACCAGGGCCAGAGAGGACCAGGGCCAGAGAGGACCAGGAACAGAGAGGACCAGGAACAGAGAGGACCAGGAACAGAGAAGACCAGGAACAGAAAAGACCAGGAACAGAGAGGACCAGGACCAGAGAGGACCAGGAACAGAGAGGACCAGGGCCAGAGAGGACCAGGAACAGAGAGGGACAGAGAGGACCAGGAACAGAGAGGACCAGGACCAGAGAGGACCAGGAACAGAGAGGACCAGGAACAGAGAAGACCAGGAACAGAGAAGACCAGGAACAGAGAGGACCAGGAACAGAGAGGACCAGGAACAGAGAAGACCAGGAACAGAGAAGACCAGGAACAGAGAGGACCAGGAACAGAGAUGA